AAAGCCUCAAUAAUCCUCCAUUUUUCAAACCUCUCUGUAAAUGAACUGUCUGUUUCGCACCACUGGGAGGUUCUGAAGAUGAACCCAGGCUGAGAUGUUGACUCAACAGGCACAUGUGCACCCGUGGUGCUGAAGGAACAGCUCAGUCGCAAUGAAAUCACCAUCACCAUCACUCCUCAAAGUUUGUGGCUCGUUUCAUUCGCUCUGACCAUGAAGAGGCAAAACAUCAGAACCCUCGUGUUGAUCAUCUGCACUUUCACUUAUUUGCUCGUCGGAGCGGCUGUUUUUGACGCGUUAGAAUCCAAGAUGGAGAUCACUCAAAAGAAGGUCCUGGACGAUCGGAAGCUAGAGCUCAUGGACAAGUACAACUUGAGCAAAGUCAAUUUUGACGAGCUGGAGCGGGUCGUGCUGCAGCUGAAGCCUCACAAGGCUGGGGUCCAGUGGAGGUUCGCUGGCUCCUUUUACUUCGCCAUCACGGUCAUCACCACUAUAGGAUACGGUCAUGCGGCUCCCAGCACGGAUGGUGGGAAGGUGUUCUGCAUGUUCUACGCUCUCCUGGGGAUCCCCCUUACCCUGGUGAUGUUCCAAAGUCUGGGCGAACGCAUCAACACCUUCGUCAAGUACCUGCUGCACCGUCUCAAAAAGUGUCUCGGCCUUCGGCACACCGAGGUCUCCAUGGCCAACAUGGUGUGCAUUGGCUUAAUAUCCUGCAUGAGCACGCUGUGCGUGGGAGCGGCGGCCUUCUCCCGCUACGAGGACUGGAGCUUCUUCCACGCGUACUAUUACUGCUUCAUAACACUCACGACCAUUGGUUUUGGGGACUACGUGGCCCUGCAGAAGGAUAAUGCGUUACAAACCAACCCCCAGUACGUAGCGUUUAGCUUCAUGUACAUCCUCACGGGCCUCACGGUCAUCGGCGCCUUCCUGAACCUGGUCGUUCUGCGUUUCAUGACUAUGAAUGCCGAGGACGAACGGCGCGACGCCGAACAGCGUACGUUGCUGUCCCGCAACAGAAAGACCGGCGGUGGCGGGACCAUGUCUGAUCCACCGUCCUCGUCUGGCGCGGCCCACGGGUCCGGGAAAGGGCUGUGUAACGUCUACGCCGAAGUGCUGCAUUUCCAGUCCAUGUGCUCUUGUCUCUGGUACAAGAGCCAGGAGAAGAUGCGCUACUCAAUUCCCAUGAUUAUCUCUCACGAUCUGUCCACUUCGGACACAUACAUGGAGCAUAGCGAGAUCUCCGACCCCCUCCACUCCAACGGCUGUGUGUGCAGUGCCUUGCAGGAGCACUCCGGCACCAGUUCAGUGUACACGGGCCUGCUCAGCCCAGCACAUUACCAAAGACUCUCCAAACGCCGCAGCUCCAUCUAGAGGGCUGGAGGAUGUUGUGCAUGUGAAUCUCUUUCGCCUUACGAAACCAACCACUGUUAUACUUGGGGUUGAAAAACCACUGCUUCUAAGCUGCUCGGAUCCUCUGUCAGUCGAAUAAAUGUAAUGUAGUGAUAGACGGGGGAGGGCGGCCUGUCGGCAGGUGCUGCUUGAGGACCGGAGACAUAGAAGCGUGCAAUAAGAACAGGGUAAAUGCCUGUAUUUUUUUUAAGUACUUUGAGGUUUUCGAGAAAAGGCAAGAUGCAAACUGCUUGCUCUUCAGUGAGCUCAAUGGUAAAUGGAAACAAAUGCUGGUCUUUUAACAACCAACGAGUCCCAAAGUGUCAGGAUAUUAUUCUGGUUUUCAUUCCAAUAGAUACAUUUUGUGAUGCAACAAAUAGUGAAUUCUUUAUUAUCUUUACAGGAGUUAUGAAAUAGUUAUUAAAACAAAAUAAAACAUAUUUUUAAAACAAACAAUCAUCUUAAAUGAGAACUUAAUAAUGAGUGCAGACCUUUGUCAGGGUGGCCCAAUAUUUACUUUCUUACAGGAAUAGAAUUCUGCAGUGACGAUGUAUUUUUGUUGGCCAACCCAGAAGUUACCAUCACACUGGUUCCCUCAACAAAAACCCAGUAGGAUUUUUCCAUUGGCUUUUGGAUUAUUUCAGAAAAUAAGCUCGGUGACCAACACAAGUGUAUGAUUCUUAAAGGACAAGUUUGGUAUUUUACAAUUAAAGCCCUGUUUUAAGAUUGUUUCUGAUGAAAUAGAAUGGUUAAUAUUGUUUUUUAAACAGAUUCUGCUGUCCUGAGAUUUUUCGGAUCCUUUAAACUUUAGUUUACAAAGAUGUGAAACUCACCGAGCGGU